CAUGCCACCUGCAUUCAAAGAUCACUUGAAGGGUAGAAGGGCAGAAAAAAGGAGGAAGGGCAAAUUUGAGCCUCCCACACCUAAAGAGACAUCAAGAAUGUCCACAAUUACUUGUAGCAACUGCAACUUACAGGGCCACAAGUACACUAGCUGCUCACAACCUUUGAGGCCUGACCUAGCUAUGAGGAAAAACAAUCACAAGGCCAAUAGAACAAUGCCAACAGCAGAUGCUUCUGGGACUAAUGUACCUGCUAGCUCUUCUGGGACCAAUGUACAUCAUGUAGCUCCAGGAAAUGCUCCAGGAAAUGCUCCAGGAAAUGCUCCACCAAAUGCUUCAAGAUCUGCUCCAGGCACAGCUCCAAGGUAUACUGCUGGUUCAUCUGCUCCAGGAAAUGCUGGUUCAUCUGCUCCAGGAAAUGCUGGUUCAUCUGCUCCAGGAAAUGUUGGAAGAUCUGCUCCAGGAAAUGCCAGGGGUUUGUCUGGUUAUUUCAAUGCUGGAGCAAAUGCUGGUCCAGGAAGAGAUGCAUCUGACCCUCCUCUCCAAGGAAGAAAUUAGGUCCUUUGUACUGUUGGUCCUGCUAGAUCAUUUGGAUGUGCAUGUACCUGACAUGGUUAAGACCAUUUUGUGAUGCCUGUAAACUAAAGGCCAUGCCUGAUGUGAUGCUUCUGACCUAAAGGCCAUGCCUGUAGAUGUUUAAGACCAUUUUGUGAUGCCUAUGUUGUUUAAGACUAUGAUGUUUCAAA